GAGAGAGUGAAACCUUUUCAUCAUGACUGAUUUUCACAGCUGGUUCUUUGCAUCCUGGAUUCUCUGUUAUCUCACAAUUUCUAAAUGCAGCAACGGCAUUGUACAGAGUUUCGAGGGUGAGAGUGUCAUUUUGCCACGCAAAUAUGACAGCAAAUAUCAUGGAAAAUGUCCCAUAUGCUGGAUGAUAGGAGACAUUCCCAAUAUGGGUUGUGGUAAUGAAAUUAUUGGAAGUGAUGGAGAUAAAGUGGUGAGGAAAAAAUCAUACAGAUACCAGCUGGAGGGAGAAAUACGGCAUGGAGACGUGUCUCUGACAAUCCUAAACAUUCAAAAAACAGACUCUGGCAAAUAUGGAUGCCGAAUACAUGUGCCUGGAUUGUUUAAUGAUGAGAUGUAUUACGUCCACUUGAUUGUUAAUGACGAAACCUCAUUUGAUCAUCGUGAAUCGUCCUCUGUGGAAAACAAAGAUAGUGUAAAUGCAUCAGCAGUGAUUGUGCCUGUCCUCCUGUUACUGUUGGCUUUGAUAGUCAUUGCUGUCAUUCUGAUAUUGAAGCACAAGAAGAAAACCAGAGCUGCAGUAGACAUAACCCAGAACUCGGAGAACUCUGUCAUCUACAGUAACUCUGGCAGCAGUGUGGGCCUGUACAACAGAGAGAUGGCUGUGGAAAACAUCUAUCAAAUACAACCUGAAAAUGAAUAUGAACAUUAAUUGUAGCAUUAAUUCACAUGUACUAUUUACCUUUAAGUUGAUCAGUGUGGACUUCUUGUCUUCUGUUGUAUUAACACUGUGUUUGUAAUAAUGUGACAGCUACUGCUGAUCAGAGAAAUUAUUGCUCUGGACUAACCUUACUCUGCCGUCUAGGGGCUAACAUACUGCAACACUUUAUCAUUAUUAAAACUAAUCUAAGUUAACUAAUCAAAGUUUAAAUGUUUCAUUUACCACACGUGUUUUGACUCCACAGCUGCACAUUUCUCAACCUUUCACAAGUUUCACAGCGUUUACGCCAAUCCAGAGCUGCGGAAGGGCUGACGUGGGUUCAGAGAGGUCAUAAAACUGAAUAAAACAGAAACUAGAUGGUAAAGGAGGUCAUUAAAAUUCAAUAACCGAUUUAAAUUUCAAGGUCAAUAAAAACAAGUCAGAUCAGUAUUGAUAUCAGUGAUCAGUUACAUUUUUCCAUUGAUAGUGACAGAUAAAAAUGUUCUUGGUGAAAAAAUAUAUUUGCCAACAAUCAUUAUGCUGGUUCACACCUCUUAUAAUAACACUCAUAGACCACACCUAGGAAACUUCCUUCCAAUGUAACAAACCAAAAACAAACGUCUGAUUAACUACAAUGCGGUCUGUCAGAAGUAUUAAUAUUGUUUCGCAAUGUGUGUACAUAAAGAGGAAA